CGUGGAAGACCUUCAGGAGUCGCAGCGGCAGAUAACGCAACAUCCGCUAUUAGAACACGCCUGGACAUUUGCAGGGCCUGCUGUUUAUCACACGGGCAGCGUAAUUUUAUUGUUUAGUUAGCGUUUAAUUACGUGUCUCUAAAAUAUGUCGGAAAACGGACGUGGACCUGGAGUGGACUCUACAGACGCAAAGGCAGGCGACGGACAACAAUCAGCGGGGUCUUCGUCGGCCGCUGUCCCCAUGGACGUGGAUGCCAAGCCCCAGGCGCACAGCUUCAGAUACCGCCUGAGUUUCCCCAGAAUUGGCCAGUGUAUCAUCAUCAACAACAAGAACUUUGACAGGAGAACAGGCAUGAAUCAGCGAAAUGGUACUGACGUGGAUGCAGCCAACGUCAUGAAAGUUUUUUCAAACUUGGGUUAUAAAGUGAAGAUCUACAAUGACCAGACAGUUGAUCAGAUGAAACAGGUUUUAACUGCUGUGUCCAAGGAGGAUCACAGCAGCUCAGCCUCUUUUGUCUGCGUUCUGUUGAGUCAUGGAGAUGAGGGUGUGUUCUUCGGUACGGACGGCUCAGUAGAGCUCAAACAGCUGACUUCACUUUUUCGAGGUGAUCGUUGCAUAUCACUGGUGGGAAAGCCCAAGCUCUUCUUCAUCCAGGCUUGCAGAGGCACAGAUCUGGAUCCAGGCAUUGAAACAGACAGUGGAAGUGAUGGCAUUAAGAUCCCUGUGGAAGCAGACUUCCUCUAUGCCUUCUCCACUGCCCCAGGUUACUACUCAUGGAGGAAUACUAUGACUGGGUCCUGGUUCAUCCAAUCACUGUGUGACAUGAUCAGCAAAUAUGGGAAAGAAAUAGAGCUCCUGCACAUCAUGGCACGAGUUAACCACAAGGUGGCAGUAGAGUUUGAGUCUGUCUCCAAUUCCCCAGGCUUUCAUGCAAAGAAACAAAUCCCCUGCAUUGUGUCAAUGCUGACCAAAGAGAUGUAUUUUUCUCCUUGAUGUCACUCGCCUCAUCAGGAAACUAGAAGAAGGGCUUUGGGAGUGUUUGAAUUAUUUUAGUGUACAGUUUGUAACUCAGUAUCUCUGUUAACUUUCAUAUUUCUUGGAGAGCAGAUGUGAUGCAAAUGUCAGUCAUGCUUCACCUCCUUGGCAUUAUUAAGUUUAUUCAUUGUCUAGUAGUUAUUUAUGCAUGGCAUUCAAUUCUAUCCCGGCAGCACGUUCUUUAACCUAAAAGAAGGUUGUUUUUUUUUCACAAAACAUAAAAUAUAACCACAGAUAUCUACAAGUAAUAACGGCUUGUAUUUCCAGGUUCACAGGGUGUCACACGGAGACGCCUCUUUGCUGUUUACACUACACAUUUCAGGGAACUUUGCUGUGAAGCAGUUUGACAGGAUGUUUGACCUUUUUAUGUUUGUGUAAUCAUGAAACCAUAGAUGGGCUGAUUGCCCACCAGCAAAAAUAUUUCAUACAUCAGCAGUCUGUUGUAACUCAAGUGUCUAAGCAAGAUGACAGUCUGUCUGUAAUUGUUUUUGUCUCUAUUUACAUUUUUUGUUAUGUCUCCAUUACUGUGUGAGUGAUGGAUCCCUCACUCACUAGAUUGGUACCUGGUGAGUUGUGUAAAGCCUGAAUGAAAGCACCACCUGAAGCUGGUGGCUAUAUUAAUAUGUAGCAAGUUCAAGAGCGUCCUUUAAGCCGUUUUAAGGUAUGUGGGUUAGAAAGCUCAGAGUUAGAUUUAGUCUUUCAGGCUUUUUCUUCUUUCUCUUGCUUGUGAAUGUCUUCAAAGUGGUGGGAACACAGACCUGAUGGCCUGCCCAAUGCUAUUUUUUGAGCCAUAUUUUAUUUAACAACUUAGACCUACUUGAACUCAGCUUUUAAUUUAGUUUCAUGACUCUUUUCAUGACUUUUUAACUGGAUGGAUUAAAUUCAUAGGAAGCUCCAGUGCAAAAAAAAAAAGGUAAGUUAGUUUGGGAUAUGUUUAGAUUAAUUAAGAGAACUGAAUCUUCCUUGUUUAUUUUAUUUUAUUUUUUUUAUUUUGUUUGGGCACAAAAUGUAGUCCCAGCCUAUUUCCGUUUUUUCCUGAGUGAACUUAGCAGCUCACAGGUUUACCUGUUGGUCAGAAAAAAACAUGGCAUUUGAAUAUGUUCACUUUGGCUUCAGAUGAAAUAAAAAAAACAUACCCUUUUCCACAAAUGAUGGGCUAUUAAAAAUUAUUGAAUAUUGAUGGAAAAGGUUUUUGGUUGCAGCCUUAAAGAAAUCUCUGAAGGAUUUUUGAGUUACUUAUGAUCUAAAUAACAAUCAAUUCAAAUGAACUAAAACCAUUUAUGUUAACAAACUUCAGUUUUGUACUUCAGUGAUGCAACUUUCUAAACAAUCAGAAUCGAAUUGUGUAAUUCACACGUCAGCGGACUUUUGCUAAAGUUGUGUUACCAUAAAUAUUGACUGAUUUCUAUCAGAUGAAGCACAGUUUUUUGCACAAAUCAAACAAAAAAAAAAACUACAGCAGGCUAACCUAAUCUGUCACAUAUGCUGUUAAAAUAUUUCAUUGGUGCAUGUUUGAAAAUCCAGAUUUUAAGUCAUAUUGUGCAACAUUUUGCAAUGAACUUUUUUUUUUUUUUUUUUUUUUGUAAUU